AUGCACAAUUUAUAUCAGCGAUAAGAAAGAUCAAAAAAUAUUUUUUCGCAGACGCCGAGCGUUUUAUUUUUUAACACCCCUUGCCAUUUUCUGUUUAGUCUCAAAAAACAUGGCGCCUACUCCGUUGCCACUGGAGCAAAUGCCCGGUGCUAAUGCUGGUUACUUGCCAGCCGGCCAGGAGGGUGGUCCACGUAUAAACACUAUGUCCAUGUCGGUGCUUAUCGAUUUUAUCAUCCAACGUACCUACCAUGAGCUAAUGGUGUUGGCUGAAUUGCUGCCGCGUAAGACGGAUAUGGAGCGCAAGGUGGAAAUCUAUGCGUAUGCGGCUCGCACGCGACAUUUGUUCACACGCUUAAACGCGCUUGUUAAAUGGGGUAACUCGGUGUCCAAGGUGGACAAGAGCUCGCAGAUCAUGAGUUUUCUGGACAAACAAAAUAUGCUUUUCGUAGAGACGGCAGACAUGCUAGCCCGCAUGUCUCGGGAGACUCUAGUGCGUGCACGUUUGCCAAACUUUCACAUUCCCGCUGCCGUCGAAGUGCUAACCACAGGGACGUAUAACCGGCUGCCCACCUGCAUACGCGAGCGCAUUGUGCCGCCGGACGCCAUAACGCCAGCAGAAAAGAAGCAGACACUGUUGCGGCUCAAUCAAGUCAUUCAGCAUCGCUUGGUGACUGGAAAGUUGCUGCCACAAAUGAGAGAAUUUCGCAUACGUAAUGGACGCGUUACUUUUGAAGUGAAGCAUGAGUUUAGUGUGGCUCUGACUGUUAUGGGCGACAGUCCAAAUGUGCCCUGGCGCCUAUUAGACAUAGACAUACUCGUCGAGGAUAAGGAGACGGGCGAUGGUAAGUCGUUGGUGCAUUCACUGCAGGUCAACUACAUACACCAGCUUAUUCAGGCGCGUCUUGUGGAAAAUCCUAAUGCAUUAAGCGAGGUGUACAAUUGCCUGCAUUACUUCUGUCAGUCACUACAGCUUGAAGUACUAUACACACAAACGCUGCGCCUUAAUUAUGAGCGUCUGGACGACAACAAUGUUAAUGUGGAGGAGUAUUUGCCGGGCGUCAAGCUAACGGUAUCUUAUUGGCGAGACCUUAAGUCAGAGCUUGGCUAUCGUCUCACUGUUCAGUCAGAUCCCAGUGAAAUAGGUCGCCCCUUGGCCGUUGUUCAUGUACCCUCACUGGGCGCCAAAGAAUCCGCUGAGGUUGCCGAUCGCGCUGUACGAUCCGAGCAUCUCUCCAUGGAGCGUCUAAUUGUGCACACUGUCUACAUACGAUCGGUUUCUCGAUUAAGCGACUUAAAACUCGAAUUCCAAGCGUUGCUUAAAGAUGUUGACUGUGAGUUUAAUUUGCAGGGCACGCCUGCAAUUCUGACAGUACCAGUGCUCUCGCCAUGCCUCCGGGCAGAGCAGAUCCACAUAACAAUUGACACACACACGGGCAUGUUCCGAUGCCACGUGCCCAAACACCUGGACUGUCCAAUCACCGAUGAAAUGCAGGACUGCUUGAACGGCGAUCGUAGUAAAUUGCCGGCAUUGCUUUCGGAAUUACGCUUCUGGAUUACUCAUCGACGUUGUGAGAAAACGUUGCAACAUCUGCCCGCGACAGCCACAGAAACACUGCCUUUUCUCACGCUACCAGAGCAGGAACUGUUACAAUCCGGUAGACACAAGAUCUAUGUGAAGCUGCACCGCCAUCCGAAUAUUAUUUUGGUUGUUCAGUUAAAGGAAAAACCGCUAAUGCCUAACGAAAUGGAAUACACAUUUCAUUUAGGUUUUGUCGUCUAUCAGAAGGAUGAAAGCGACGUUCCAGACGACUCUGCUAAACAGUUGGUGUCUGUCGUUUCCCAACCCCCCUCAGAGAUUCCCAAAUUCUACACAAAACUGAUGCGUCUUAUUGAGUUUGACACAUUUGUGGCGACACAUGGACCUGGCACUGAAGUUGAUGCAGAGAUUUCCCCUCACAAACGCAAAUCGAGUGGUGAUAUCCUAGCACCACCAGCCAAGCAGCAAAAGACAAUUUUUCCAGCCUACUUCAUACCGGAGCUGGCGCAUGUGGUAGCUAUGUGUGAUGAGAAGAUACCCUUCCUCAAUUUAGCGCAGACGCUAUCCAAGCACCGCAUACCGCAUAGCGGUCUACAGGUAGAGGCGAAUGCCACUUCACUGGUGCUUAAGAUUCUGGCAUUGCCUCAACCCGGAAAUAACCAUCAUCUGACCAACGCAUCCAAUGCGGAGCAAAAGCAAAUGCCGCCAGCUAGCAACUUCUCAUCGAUGCCUAAAAUCGAACAACAUGUGUGGGAUGAUCUCAUGAAGCGUGUGUUGUCCAUUUCAGUGCGUUCGCAGACAAAUAAAAACAGCCAGGUUCGCAUCUGGGUUGUGGAGUUCGUAUUUUAUAGUACGCCACUGCAAAGCACACAUCAAAAAGAGCAAGGUAGCAGGCGAACUGUUUACCUGACCUACGAACAGGCCAACCAUGAUUUCAACAAGACGGUCGAAGAACUGCUUAACGACUGGUCUAAGAUUGUCUAUCUGUACACUCUUGUUUACGACUUUGCCGAGCAUUUGCGCAACAAGCGACUGAGUCUAGGGGAUAUGCUGGUGGUAAAGUCCUACAGCUACGUGAAUUUGCUGCUGGGCUAUGGUCCAAAGAAGGAGGUCACUUGCAAUAUUUACUGGUCUGUACAGUCGCACGGACUGCGUCUGACGUUUGUGGGCGGUAUUUCGGCAGUUAACGCACACUCCAUGAUGCGCGAUCAGCUGGCUCAGCAUCUAAACCAACAGCAUAGCCUCACGGCCAUUGCUCACAUACUCCACGAGACCUAUAAUCCUAUGAGCUCCAUUGCUAAGCUGCCUGUGCUGCCCCUUCUGGGCAUUCCUCGCCCGCAAGUACCAGUAUUGUCAUUUUGUAUGUUGCCACAGUCACCUUGUCUGAUGCGACUUACCUAUCAGGCGGUUUACUGCCUAGAGCUUCGUUUUCGCGCCAACCGACUUGUGUCUAUACGCGAUGGAGCCAGCAGUCGCUUUGAGCGCAACGUCAUCGAAGAGUUCACCCCUAUUCAGGGCCUCAAAGCUUUUCUAUCAAAGUAUGUGGAUGAAUCUGCCGUGUAUAGAGGUCGUGGGCCACAUGAGGAUGACAAUCCACUGUCGCCAAUGGGUCUAGAAGACAAUUUUGGUGGCCCAAGUAGUGUGGCGGGCGUUAGCGCAGGAGGCUCUUCGCCCUUUCUGGGUGCGGGCAUGCGUGGUCCUCAAUCGCCCCGAGAUAGUGGACUGCGUUUUCCAGCGCCGCACACUCCACCUUCAAGCUCAAAUCCUCACACACCGGCCAGUCCGCAUCCAAGUGCCGGCGGUGGUGGAGGCAGCGGAGGCCAGAAUCAUGGUAAUUUCAAUUUGACUUCACCGCCCGCUCCACACUUGCCGCAUCCGUCGCCAGGCGGAUUGAUGCCGUCAUCACCGCUGAACCCACAGCCAAGUCCACAUAUGGUGCACAGUCCAGGACCAAAUACGCUGUACAUGCAAAGCCAUCAGGACUCACCCUUCACGGCCAUGUCACCCGCAAACAACAAUUGGCCCGGAUCACCGAGUAUGCCACGUCCCUCGCCCAGGCCGGGGCAGAGUCCUGAGCAUAAAAGCACCGGUGGAGGAGGUGCUGGUGUAGGAGGUACAGCAAUCGGCACUCGCGGUUCGAUUAAUCGCCCUUGGGCGGGCGCCGUUCCCACCCUUCUAACCCACGAAGCAUUGGAGACAUUGUGCCGGCCCAGUCCGCAUCCAAACAAGGAUAUCAAUGUAACAGACAUGAGCCCUUUAGAGCGCUUUCUGGGUUGCGUUUACAUGCGCCGGCAGCUGCAUCGCAAUAUCCAGAGCGAAGAGACAUUAACGGCACUCAAUUCGACGGAGCCAGGUGUUGUUCUUUUUAAAGUGGAUGGCCUGCAGUGCCAGGUGAUGCUCAAUCAGCUGCACAUGCAGUCGCUGCAUUUAAAAGUCACCCAGUUGCCACCAACGCCUGAUAAGCCGACCUUCCCUCUCAACCCUGACGAUCUGCUCGUCAUUGAGCAGUACUUUGACACUCGUGUGGCGGCACCGCCGUAUCGACCCAACGCGCUGCACAGUAUCUGCCGCUUGCUAAAUCUGCCCGUGCACGUACUCAAGGACUUUGUGCAGAUCAUGCGCUUAGAAAUGAAGCCCGAGCUGGGUGGCGAGCAACUCAAGUGGACCGUUCAGAUGUGUAUGCGCAUGCCGCCCUCGGCAGUACCCAUAGUGCCCAUUGGCAAUGCCUCCGUUGUGCUGGGCCGAAUGAAAAUUCUCUUCUUUUUGCAUAUCACGCGCAUACCAUACAACGGCAAGGACUGGAAGGACAGCCCCUCAUUGGUGCUGCCCAUUGUGCAUGACAUUGCCACCAAUCUAACGCAGGUGGCGGAGCGGCGCGAGCAGGUGCAGUCGCCUAUGAUGGCCGCCGCUAGCACGCUUCUACGACGCUUUGCGGACUUUGGAGGGCAGCAAAAUCAAUGCUCACUAUUUCCAGCUGUUACUGAUCUGUUAACUAAUCUGCAGCUCACUGCGGAUCUACCACCGCCGCCACCUAAUCAGGCCAUUGGUCCCGUAGGAGUUGGGGUGGGCGUGGGUGUGGGUGUUGGUGUGGUUGGUUCCAGCCCGAACGCCAUGAUACCCAUGCAACAGCUGCAGCCGCAGGUUGGACACGGUCCGCAGUGAUGAAGGCGCAAGCGCCGCGCCUCC